AUGGAUUCCAACGGAUUUUACUCGUUCGAUGAGAACGCCCUCCAGCAGAAGGCCUUCACCGCCUUGUUUGCUCUGGAUGAGGAUUUUGGCUCUGAGAGCCUCCCUGAAGGUCCCUUGGAUCCUAUGUUUGGUCUCAGUGGCUUCCAGGCCAGUCAGGGUGCCAUGCAGCAGCCUGCCAGCGACAGCACUGCGUUCAGCUUGAAUAAUGGCGGUCUGGACUUCGACACUGCCAACAUGUUCUAUCAACCUUUGGGAAGCAUGAACGACGCCUUUCCAGCCCUCGACAACUAUCUCACGAACAACUGUCAAUCCUUUGAUCAGACUGCAUCUCAGGGGGCCUGUACCAGUGAUUUUUGGUCUCCAGACAACAACGAUUUCGGCUUCGAUGCGCCUUACUCGUUGGAUCAGGCAACCCUCCCACAGGGCUCUCUCACCGACAUGUCUGCCUUCAACGCCACUACCAAUAAGGAUGCUUUCGGUGGAUCUUAUUCGAUGGACCCGAACACCUUCAAUACGGCAGCCUUCUCGACUGGCUCGGAUCUCGAUGCACCUCUUGAAAUUGACGAAUCGGAAGAUCCUGCAACGACCAUGUAUGUCGACGCCCCCUCGGCCCCUCGUUCUAUCAUUCGGAUCGGCACGCCCACUCCACCUCUUUUCGGCUGUGACUGGCCUGGUUGUAACUUAACCCGGGUGUUCCCAGACAGCAAUUCCCAUUCACAACAUAUAUCUGCUGUCCACGUACAAGAUGUUCUCAAUAACACUUCAGGUUCCUGUACAUGGCCCGGGUGCACCAAGCCAGAUUUAGACACACGCAAGAAGCUUGAAACUCAUGUCACCAACAUUCAUAUCGACCCUCUUCGGUGUACCGUAACCGGCUGCAUACGUAGUGAACCUUUUGGAAGAAAGGGUGACUUGGAACGUCACCUUGCUUCGGUUCACAAGCAUGGCCGAACAUGGAAAUGUCCCCACAAGGGCUGCAAGAGACAUACAAAUGGCUUCCCUCGCAAGGACAAGCUGAAUGAGCAUAGCCGGGUUACCGGUCAUGGAGCCAUUCGAUGCACAUACCAUCAUUGUCACCGGAGAUAUUACUUGACCGAAGCGGAGCUAUCAUCCCACAUCAAUGAUCAACACGGCAAUUAUGAGUGUGCGGUGGGAUCUUGUGCAAGCACAGUUUCGGCGUUCUCACUCACCAAUGUUAUUAAUCACCUCAGCAAGGAUCAUAAAUGCUACUUGUUUCGUCGCCAGGUAUCUAGUGCUCAUGUUCAACAGUCCCGUGGCGACAAGGACACAUUUACAUUCACCGAAAGGCAUCUUAUGGACGAAGAUAUGUGGUAA